AUGAAGAACCGGACGACAUCCCGGCGGUUCCCGGUUGUCGUCCCUCGCGGCGCGUCCCCACUGCCCCUCCUCCGUACGGGCAUGGCUCCAUCCCGGCCCGGUUUGGCACAGAAGCAGCAGCCAAAGUUUCCUCCCAUUAAAACAGCUUCUUAUGUGAUUUCUGAGAGGGAGGAGACUUUGGCUGUUGCUUCUGUGCUAGGCCGGUCGGACGCCCAUACGGUGGAGAAGUGGGGAGCCCUGAUAAGAUCAGGUAGGAGGAAAUGCCCCUUCCCAGAUCCCCCACCCUCCUGCCCCUGACUGGGGCUAGCGUGGCUGGGAGACAGGCGCCUUCUGAUGUCUCUGUUUCCUUUGCAGCGAGGGAGCAGUUCAGCCGUGGAACCACCACGUUCCUGGAGGGACUGGAGCCCAGACGAUGGCCUCUCGCCCCUGAGGUAAUGGGACAGGGGGUAGGAGGGGGGCCUUAGGAAACACACCAGAAAGGCCUGCAGGAUCAGGCCAAGGGGCCGUCUGGUCCAGCCUCCUCUUCUCCCAGGGGCCACCCAGAUGCCACUGCGAAAGCAGCCAACAGGAUUCGAGCCCAAGAAGCAGUGCUUCAAAGAUCCCUUCUUUCUUGCAGGAUCUCGAUCGUUCACCGCUGUGGCUGCUGCCCAAGCCUCCCCCAAAAAGACCAGGUAAGAGGAAGGGAACCUUUGCAUGGGGUGGGGAGAAGGUUGGGGGCCUUCCUACAGGGGUUGCUUCACUACAGCUCCCAUUGUCCUUGACGACUGUCCUUUUUCCCCUUCAUUUUUUAUAAAAAAACCACAGCUUGA